AUCAUAUCUUCUUUCAACAAAGCAUUCAAUCGAUUCUUGGUGCUUUUAUCAUACAAAUAAUACAAUAGAAGAAGAUGAAUACUCUGUUGCGAAAGGCCACCGCACAGAUGUGUAUUAUACAGAUAGGUUCGUACACAAAAACCGUCGGGGGUUCUAGAGCUCUACUGGUGAGGUGGACGAGUACAGAUGCAGUACAAAGUGAUGAUCUCUCAGUUGAUCGUAAUGGGUUCAAGGGACACGACAUGCUGGCUCCUUUCACCGCCGGAUGGCAGACUAGUGAUUCAGAUCCCUUGGUAAUCGAGAAGUCUGAGGGCUCAUAUGUCUACGAUAUAAAUGGGAAGAAGUAUCUUGAUUCUCUUGCUGGUCUAUGGUGCACGGCUUUAGGGGGGAGUGAGCCACGGCUUGUUGCGGCUGCAACCAAACAGCUAAAUACUUUACCAUUCUACCACUCCUUUUGGAACCGAACCACAAAACCAUCUCUGGAUCUUGCAAAAGAACUCAUUGAAAUGUUUACAGCAAGUAAAAUGAAGAAAGUCUUUUUCACAAAUAGUGGCUCCGAAGCUAACGAUACUCAGGUGAAACUGGUAUGGUAUUAUAACAACGCGCUUGGAAGGCCAAACAAGAAGAAAUUUAUUGCUAGAUCUAAAGCAUACCACGGUUCAACUCUCAUAUCAGCUAGUCUUUCUGGCCUUCCGGCAUUACAUCAGAAAUUUGAUCUGCCAACUCCAUUUGUGUUGCAUACGGACUGUCCCCAUUAUUGGCGAUUUCAUCUUCCAGGUGAAACGGAGGAACAGUUUUCAACCAGAUUAGCAACCAAUUUGGAAAACCUGAUUAUCAAAGAGGGACCAGAAACGAUUGCUGCGUUUAUUGCAGAACCAGUAAUGGGAGCAGGAGGGGUGAUACCUCCACCUGUAGGUUAUUUUGAGAAGGUCCAGGAAGUUGUUAAGAAAUACGACAUUCUAUUCAUUGCAGAUGAGGUUAUUUGUGCUUUUGGGAGGAUUGGAUCUAUGUUUGGAUGCGAUAAAUACAACAUUAAGCCCGAUCUUGUCUCCAUAGCCAAGGCCCUUUCCUCUGCAUAUAUGCCUAUUGGAGCUGUUCUUGUUAGCCCGGAAGUUGCAGAUGUCAUAUCUUCCCAGAGCAAUGAACUCGGAGUUUUGUCUCAUGGAUUCACGUACUCUGGGCAUCCUGUAUCGUGUGCCGUUGCUUUGGAAGCACUCAAGAUUUACCGGGAGAGAAACAUCGUUGAGCAAGUGAAUAGCAUCGCACCGAGGUUUCAAGAUGGUUUAAAAGCCUUUUCAUCGAGUCCUAUAAUCGGAGAGAUACGUGGAACGGGGUUGAUCUUGGCGACUGAAUUUGCCGAUAGCAAGUCAUGUGACACUCCCUUCCCGCCUGAAUGGGGGGUAGGUGCAUAUUUUGGAGCCGAGUGUCAAAAACACGGGAUGUUAGUACGUAUUUCCGGUGACAUCAUAAUGAUGUCUCCGCCAUUUAUAAUCACCUCCGGCGAAGUUGACGAGUUGAUAAGCAUCUACGCAAAAGCGCUAAAGGCAACCGAAACUAGGGUGGAGGAAUUGAAGUCUCGGAGUUAAGGGUAACUUGGGAAAAUAUCCGGGCUUCCGUGGAGAAAGUAUAUCAAGAUUCUGAAUUUUGCGAUAACGGUUUUCGGAAGUUGGAUGAUUUUAGUAACGGUUUUAAAGUCCGAUAGUUAAAUUAGAAUUUAGAGACUAAUAUUGUUAUUUAUUGAAAAUUUUUCUUGUUUUUAGUUACACAUUCAAAUAAGGGCGAAUGAUCAUUGCCAGAAGGAAAGUUAUGGUGAGAAGUGUAAGAAUGAGACUUGUACCCUUGAUCACUUUUUAUCUCAUGUCACCCAUGAAUUGCGCUUUAGAAGGGAAUUUGAUCUAGUGCGUCUCGGUG